AUGCGGUCACGUAAAGUGAACCUCAGCACUAUGAUAUUCCUGAUGAUCCUGCAGGGGGCAGCAAUGAUGCUAUUAUUCAGCUGGUAUAUGGAGUUCAGUCACGGUGGUCAUGCACCCUCAGAUCGCAAAGUCCACGUUCUGCUGCUGUCAUCAUGGCGAUCUGGCUCCUCCUUCCUGGGUCAGGCGUUCAGUCAGCACCCGUCUGUGUUCUACCUCAUGGAGCCUGCUUGGCAUGUGUGGAACAUACUGUUUGAUAAAGGUUUGAAAGUGCUUCGUAUGGCUGUGAGGGAUCUGUUUCGUGGCAUGUUUCAGUGUGACUUCUCUGUGAUGGAGGCUUACCUACCAGAACAGCACAAUGUCUCCGCCUUGUUCAUGUGGUUUGAGAGUCGAGCCUUGUGUUCACCACCUGCCUGUCCUCUCACACCACGAAACCAGCUUAGCAACCAGACUAGGUGCAAGAAGGCAUGUGAUGCUCGGGGUCUCCAGCUGGCACAAGAUGCCUGCAGCACUUACAGCCAUGUUGUUUUAAAGGAGGUGCGAUUUUUGGAGCUAGAAUCCCUCUAUCCACUCUUGCAAGACCCUCACUUGGAUAUCCGCAUCAUUCACCUGGUUCGAGACCCCCGGGCUGUUUUGAGGUCUAGGGAAGCUGUUGCUGAAGGCCUUGCAAGAGGUAGUGCCAUCGUGUUAGAGCAAAAGAACAUCCCAGCAGUUGAGUUACAAUAUAAAGUCAUGCAGGAGAUCUGCCGCAGCCAUGUGCGCAUAAAUGAGAGGGCCAUCCUGAAGCCUCCACCUUUUCUUGAGGGCCGCUACAAAAUGGUCCGUUAUGAGGAUGUAGCUCGCAACCCACUCGAGGAGAUGAAUGACAUUUAUGAGUUUGUAGGUCUGGAAAUGACUCCAGAGUUGGGAGAGUGGAUCUACCAUGUGACCCACGGGAGGGGCAAAGGCAGCCAGAGAGAGGCCUUCAAGAUUACAUCAAGAAAUGCUGCUGAUGUGUCCCAGGCUUGGCGUAGCACGCUACCACAUGAAAAAGUCAAACGAAUACAGGAAGUGUGUAAGGGAGCCAUGUCAUUGCUUGGGUACAGGACAGUUGACAGUGAGGAAGAACAGAAAAGCCUGGAAAUCGACCUUCUGGUACCACGGGAACUGAUUUAAAACUCCUUUUGUUUUUUUAUAAUCUGAGUUUAAGCAGCAGGAAUGGUUGAAAAAAAAAAAACUUUUUGCAUAUGAUGUACACUUAGGAAAUAACUUAAAAACAAAUCAAGCAAUCACAGACAAACCAACCAGCAGCCCCUCCUAACAUCCUGUGACUUUAAGAAGGGAGUGAGAGAGAAAGACAGAUUUUUAACUCAAAACAGCUUAUUUACUGUGGAUUUUUUUUUUUUUCUAUCUUGGAUUCUGUUUAUUUCACACAGGGGUUACGGAACAAAAUUCCCUCCAAGGUUUUUGAAAGUUGCAUCAGGAGUGAACACUUAAGAGACUCAUCAAGUUAAGUUUACAGCCUGGCAUGCCGUCCCUCCUGCUUUGCUCUGUGUAUGUUGAUGCAGAGUUUGGAUUGAAAAAUGUGACGCUCGGGCUUCUUGACAGAGGAUUCCUUAAUCAUCUUCAUAACCAGGAUGUCUUCUUUCAGUACCUGUCAGUCUGAGUAAACCAGUGUUACACUUUGAGGAGCUGCUACUGUCAGUGUGUAAGCCGGUGAAGAAUUGUGAAUUCACUUUAUUUAACACACACCCUGAAGGUCUGCUCUCUCUUAACAGAGACAGUGCAUCUAGUCUGAGGUCUGUUGUGUCACUCUGACUGCAAGACUUUAAUGUUACAUCUGCGAUAGGUGUGUAUGUGUGGGGGUGUCAGGAAGCAGGUCAAAUUGUUAGCCAUCAAACCACAAUGAGUCUUUAUAGCCCGAUGGAAUGAAUGUAAAUCAGACAGGCUAUGAUUGGCACAAAAAACUCCCUUAAUCUGUUUAGACAUAAAGAUGAUUAAACAAAAACAGUCACUUUCAGUAACUUACAACAUAAAAAAGGACUUUCUUAAGUUAUUAAAUAAGAUGAGAAAGAAGAAAGGAAUACAGCAUUUUUUUUCCUCACCUGCCCCCUCCGUGCUCCAGUCAAUCCAUCAGUACACUUGGGGAAAUAAACUUAUGGAAAUCUGGUUAUAUUUUAGACUUGAAAAACUUUAAAAGUGUAACUUUAGCUGCUUAGUAAGUGUUAAGUUGUCUUGUACAGCUUACAUUCAGUAGUUAACUCAGCAUAACACAAGUAUGAAGAAUGUCAGUAUUUGACUGCCAACAAUGUUCAGAGGUUUUAAAUGGCUAUCUGUAAAUGUACUCUCUGGUUAACCUUCAAUUUAUCAAUGUUUUUUUUUUUUUUUUUGGCUUUUUAUGUUGGCUGAUUCAAAUUAAUUAUGCUGUAAUAUUACAUACUUGGUGUUCACUAUGAAGUGGGUUUCAGAAUAGUUAAGUAAUAAAGUUGCACUGCACACCUAGGGGCUUUGCAGCAUGUGUGAGCCUUCAGUCUCUUUUCAAGGAGGGUCAGUCUUAAUUAUUUUCCUUUUUUUUUGAUAACUUUCUUUAUUGGAAGCAGGUGCACAGUAGCGAGAUAAUACAAUAUGGUCGUAAGGACUUCCAAUCGGUCAUUUAUCCCCCGUUUUUUUUUUUUUAUCCCUCCCACAUUCCCACCCCUUUCAAAGAGGACAAUAGUACAUGUAGUAAACAGGCUCAUGAAAUACAGAAUGUUUACACACCCUUAUAAAAGGAAAAUAAAUGAAAUAAAAUUACAUUUAAAAAAUAAUGAAAAAAGUAAAUAAAAUAAACUAAAACAAACAAAAAAAGAUUGAUAUGAUUCAGGAGCGGUCUCCAAGUAUUUUCAAAAUGUCCUAAGGAACCCUUGAGGGAGAAUCUGAGCUUUUCAAGUUUAAUGGACAAUAACACCUCUUUCAUCCACCUGUUGUGAGAUGGAGGUUGAGGGAGCUUCCAAUUAAAAAGUAUGAGUCGCCUGGCCAAUAGGGUGGUUAAGGCAAGAACAGUUUGCAUGAUUUUAGAGGCAAGAGGCAAGAGGGGGAACCAAAAAGGGCCAAAAGAGGAUCAGGAGAAAUAGUAGUGUUGUAUGCUCUGCUCAGAGUGACUAAGAUUUCAGACCAAAAUGUGGCGAGCCAGGGGCAAGACAUAUGGGAAUGGUCGGCAGGAGAUUGAUGGCACCUGUUACACAAGUCAGAUACAUUGGGAUACAUCCGUGAUAGCCUCGCAUUAGUGUAAUGAACCCUGUGUAUGAAUUUACACUGCAAGAGGCUGUGCCGGGCACAGAUAGAAGAGGAGUGAACUAACCCUUAGACCUGUUGCCAGUAAUCCUCAGGCAGUCAGAAUCCUUGGGACCGGAUGCUGGGGUGUCGGUUGCAGAGUUAAUACGGCUGUAGAAACAUGAGAUUAACCGUUUUUGUUUCGGAUCAAGUGCCAAAAAUGAGUCUAUCAAAGUUUCCAGGGGCUGACUAGGGAAUUUGGGGUUCUGACUCUGAAUAAAAUGCCUUGCCUGAAAGAAACGAAAUAGGUGGAAUUAAGGCGGAUCAAAUUUCGUUGAGAUCUCAGAAAAAAACAUGAAUGUUCCUUGGUUGUAAAGGUCCUUAAGUUUGGUUAUCCCUUUGUCAGACCAAGCCCGAAAGGCCAAGUCUGUGCAAGAGGGCUGAAAUAAAUGAUUAUUCACAAUGGGGGCGAGGUCUGAGGCUCUAUGGAGGCCCAAACUUUUCCUAAAUUGGAUCCAGAUUUUAACAGAGUUGUUUACCACAGGGUUUAAGGUAAAUUUAGAGGCAGAUAAUGGGGAGUUGAGAGCAAACCAGGGAGUGAAGAGAAAAUUUAAAGGAACCCAUGCUGGGCACUCUACAUCUGCUGGGUUGGUAAUCCAAAAUAAAAGUUUCUGAACAUUACAGGACCAGUAAUAAUGUAAGAAAUCGGGCAGUACUAAGCCACCAAGAGCCUUUGGGAGUUGCAGAAUAGAUCUUCUAAUGCUUGGACUUUUAUUGCCCCAAAGGAAGGAACUUAUCAAUUGAUCAAGUGACCUGAAAAAAGGCUUCUUAAUAAGGAUGGGGAUAUGUGAAAACAGAUACAGAAACUUAGGUAAGAUAACCAUUUUAACCAACCUAACACGACCUACCAGGAAUAAAGGGAGACCAGACCAUCUGUCAAAGUAUACUUUUUAUUUACUUUUCUUAACGUAAAAUGUAUUUUGUGUGCCUCAGUCUUUGUUAUCUGUGGAUAUGGUCAGUGGUUAUGUUUGAAGACAAAUAAAGCACCAGCCUCAAUUGGGAUCAUGUGUCUGUUUUUGCAUGUAUCUGUGAGAGUGUGCAUCAAAGAUAGUGCCUAAUAGAGAGCUUGAUGAUGUCCCAGGCUAUGGUUUCUGGCCAGUGUGAGGAUGAGGUUAUGCAAAAAUGCAAGAUAUAGCAGUAAACUUUUAACAUCCAAAGAUUGGCCCCAAACUCAAGACUUGCCAUGAUGCAAGGAGAUGAGUCCCAAAGUCUCAUGUUAUAGUAAUAAACCCUUUUUACUGUGUUAGCAAAUACAUGAACGCACCAUCCAAAUAAAAUCGUGCCUCAAGUGAACAAACAAGUUUAUGCAGGUCUAUGGCAUAGUCCCCUGUGAUUGUCCUUAAAAUGGCAGUAACCGUUACAGAACACCACACCUUAUUAAUAGACAAAUAUGUUUGCCUAGUAAUGGUGCUUUGCAUCCGGUGUAUAAAAUAGCCUGUGAUUGUAGUGUAUCAUUACUUUCAGCAGCCCUCUUACAAAUAUUAGCCUUUCAACCACAGUUAUGAUUACAGACCUGUCAAGCAAGUUAUUACCAUCACUCCUCUGUCAGUGUCACCUCAUGACGAUCAUGGAGAAAAGGGAAGCCUGUGAGUAAUGCCUAAUAAAUAAUUUUCAUUAAGUAACAAAAAAAAAAAAAACAAAACAGAACAAAAAACAGGUAGGUGUGUAUGCUCUCUUCUGUUGAAGUUACAUGUUGGUUUUGUUUCAGGUUUAGCAGCUCAGAUCUAUAGGGCUGUGUUUUGCAGCAGUAAUCUUAGAUUCACAGACUUCUUUAAGGAGGUCAGGAUACCAGACCUGGACUUUCAACAUCAGUGUAUCAAAGGUAAGUCAUCAAAAAGUUUAGACCUGAUUUUAGCUUGUUGCAGUCUUUGGGUAUAACCAGCUUCUAUCUGAUACUGAUAAUGGAUACUUGUAUAAUUCUUGAAGAUUCUGACCUGUGUUUGCUCUAGUGCAGCGCUAAGAUGUGCUGGUUGCUUAUACUUAUCUUACUUUUCUUCUAGUUUUCUGAUAUACACAUAUACAAGAUUAUGUGACCGCACCACAUACAUGAACUAUGUUUAUAAUGCCAACAAUUUUUUUUAUAAAUUAUGAGUAUGAUUUUUAUGACCAUUAUUUUUGUAUUUGAAAUAGGACUGGGCGAUAUAUCGGUAUAGAAAUAUAUAUCAAUAAAUGUUUUAAUGAGAUAUGGAAUUGGGCCAUUUCGCAUAUAUCCAUACACAGAUAUCAGAUACUGUUGUUGACAGGCUGGAUCUCACACAAAGGGCUCUAUUUUCAUGCCUCGCCGGCGAGGUCGUAGCGAGGGCGUGGAGUGGGUUUAACACAGCCGAGACCUGUAUUAACCAAUAACAUCAGCUCCUCUCCUCGCCUUUAAAUCCGCCACAGAUGAGGCGUAUUACAAUUUUCGUGAAGUAGUCACAGAGAUUAAGAGAUGUCUGAAGACAGUAAUGCCACACGAUGGCGACAGAAGGCAGCUCCUCAACAAGUGUCGCUGAAAGCGCUGCAGAGGGUGUCCUUCACACUCUCUCAUAUGAGCACAGAUGGAUUUGGUGUGUGUAAGUUUGGACCCACUGGUAAGACAAACAACCUUUUCCACAAAUAAAGACACUCACAUAAAGUUGCAUAUGUUCAAACCUCACGUGACAAAGGUGGGUUGUGUGCACAAAUCACAAUAUAAAUUCCAAAAAUGGCAUUGAAAUCGGAACCAUCUGUGCGUAAUGACGCAUCACGCUCCGUCACCUGGCUCUUUCUUUCAUAGAUGUUGGCAUAUAAAAUAAAUUUGGCUCAUAAAACUGAAUAUUAGAAUAUUUGUAUGUAGGCUUAAAGAAAAUAACUCAUCUGAUCACUGAAACAAAUCAUCUGUUCAGCCGCCGCUGCAGCAGGACGGAGAGAGGACACAGAGACAUGUCCAGGUCGAGCUGCACGAGAAAUAAGAGGAAGAGGAAGAAAGAAAAGGAGGGAGACAAAUUACAUAUUUUGUUAACUUCAUCAUGUGUGUCUAUUUACUAGAUAUUUAAUUUAAUUUAAUGCAGUUUCAGCUGUGUUGAUUCGGUCCGGUUGUGUGUCCAAACCCGUGUCAAACAUGCUCAUCAGAUCAGAAUAUAUCGAUAUAGAUCUAAAUGGGCUGACUCAGAUUAUUAGUUGUUGAUAAUUAUUUAUUGCAUUGAAAUGUGCCUGACACUGUGGAAACCUGUCGGUGAGGUAUGCCGAUACGCUGCCGGUCAACCAAAAUACCACUAGACCAGCUGCACUCCGCCUGCGCUGAAAGCUAAAUCAGCGAGCUUUCAGUGCACUUUAUGUGCCGGUGGCGGGCGCGAAAAUGUCACUGCGCCUGCUGAUUCUGUCGACACCUCCCCCUGCCAGGCCACCACGCCCAGCUGAGCAGAUCUCGGUGCGCCUCAGUCUACGAAAAUACCAAACUGGCUGUAUGCCAGGCUCCGCCAGACGAAAAUACAACUGCGCAGGGUCCGCCACCCUCCGUCGCGUCCCCGGCGUACAUGAAAAUAGAGCCCAAAAUCUUUAACCCAUCUAAACCUGGACAACGUGUAUGCAUUUCAACCUUCCAAGCCGGCGGCACCGCUGAUUAUUUCUACCCUUGUAAUGUUUGUUGUUUGCAUCUGUGGAUUUGUUAGAGAGAAAAAGAAAAUCUGCUAUUUGAUUUUAAUAGGCUAUUUAUAGUUGUUAAAAUGUUGAGGCUUUUCUCAUAUAUGAAAUAAUUUUAUUUUAGAAAAUGGUUGGCCUAUUUUACUAUGGGCUUUUUUUUUAUUUAUUUAAGAUAUAUUUUUCAUUUAAAUGUGUACGUUAUGGAACCCCAAUUUUAAAAACAAAGGUACUCCUGUGGUUUUACAAUGUUAAAAUUUUAUUGUUCUUUGAACAGCUGAGCAUAAUUUCAUCCAGCCAGUUUAAGUAGAACCACUUGUGACAUGUCAUAUUUGGCUUUGACUGUGACUAAACAUUUGCUCUCACUUUUCGAUAACAAUAUCGGGAUAUAUAUCAUAAAUUGAUAUUCAGCCUAAAUAUAUCGGAUAUGACUUUUGGUCCAUAUUGCCCAGCCCUAAUUUGAAAACAUCAUGAUGUCAAAAUUAAUAGAAAAUUACCCCAUAACCCUGACCCCGAGCACAAAUGAUCUGCCAAUCUGCUACCAUGCUAGCCUGGCUGGGCCAUCCUGUUGCGUGAAUUACUUGAUGUUCCUUCCCACCAGAAGGAAGGAACAUCAAGUGAUUCACGCAACAGGAUGGCCCAGCCAGGCUACUACCAUGCAGCCCAUCUCAGUUGGCCGUUCCUCUCAUCAUCUGGCUUUAAAUGCUGAUGAUGUGCUUGUAUUUAUGGAGAAUCCGGUCCAAUCCCUUAAUACUCUGCUCAACAUCUGUAGUGAGUUUGGCAAUCUAUCUGAUUUCAAAAUUAAUUGGAAUGCCUUAUUACCCCUUAAUGACAGGCUAAAGCACAACAAUUUCCAUAUAAUAUUAUACACCUGUUGUACAACAAUUUAAAUAUUUUGGAGUUCAUAUUUUCCAGACCCUGAACUGCAUUAUUUUCCAAAACUACUUAAGAAUUUGGCAUGCAGUUGAAUCAGAUCUAGACAGAUGGACCAGCCUCCCUAACUCUUUAAGUCCGUAUUUCCAUUGUAAAAAUGAAUAUCUUCCCUGAAUUCAUUUUGUGUGCUCUAUGAUUCCCCUCCCAACGUCUUCUAAUUACCAUAAGAAAAUACAUUUUUGUGUUUCACAAUUUAUUUGAAAUAGAAAGUGGCCUCGCUUAAAACUGACCACCUCACAGAGAGGUAGAAGAGAUGGGCGUCUGGCAGUACCUGAAGCAGAUCCCUCCAAUAACAGCACGAGUCACAAGAUCUUGAUUAAAAAACGGGGUCCGAGACCCAUCCUGUGAGAUGUGUGUGAAGAUAAGUGGAAACAAAUACACAAUAAAUUGAAUGAAAAGGCUGCCAUCACAAAUGUAGCUUCCAAGCCAUAUAACACAACAUAGUUAAUCAAAUUCGAUUCAUACUACGAAUUUCCUAACCCAUGCAUAUAAAACUGCGUGUAAAACACACAUAUACUGCAUACUAUUAACGUUCUCAUUGCAUAGAAAUGUAGGCGCGUAAUGCAUAGCACUUCAUUCAUUUAAGCUAGGAGGUGUGAAUCGCGACACAAACUAGACAAAAAUACACAUACCUCGUAAGCUGCUAGUAAUUAAAAGGGGCUGCAUAUUGGAUCUUCUUCCUUUAUUCUUUUCCUCUUUUAAUUCUUUAAACUUAUCUGGGCUUAAAUGAACCUGUUGAUUUUACCGACCUUUACUGUAGCGCUAUCUUCGGAGGCGUUCUGAUCGUUAUUAUACCGGGAGGAAACUCAUAAGCGAACAUCAGCUCCGCCUGAAUUCAACUUCACGGUAAAGGAAAAAAAUGGAUGGACAACCAAAAACUGACGAAUGAUGACAGAGCCGGCCCAAGCCUUAAUGAGGCCCUAAGCAAAAUUUGAUUUUAGGGCCCUCUAUUUCUGCCAAAAAUAUCAAUUGUUGAUCAUUCACACACCCACUACAGUAUAAAUUUAAUGCCCCGGACAUGUCUUUACAUAUUUAAGGGGGUGGCAUAGGUAAUAACAUAAAUAAUACCAAUGCAACCAUACAAAUAAUACUAAUGAAUGACUGUUGAAUAAUGUUCAGGGUGCCACAUAUGGUUUAUAAUCUCAAAAUGUAACACAUUCAGAAUGCUCAGUGCACAUUGCACAGCAGGAGGCCUAUCAUGGUAGCGGAGUUUUGACAUAUCAGCAGUAGGCCUACAUCAGCAGCAGCACUAAAAUGUUAUUACUUUAUUUUAUUUAUACAAUACAAUAUAUUUGAUCAUACAGAAAGCAUCACUCAUACAUGCAAAAAAUAUACAUAUUUUAACUUUUUUUUUUUUUUGCUCUUGGGCGCCCCCUACUGGCCGCGGGGCCCUAAGCCCUAAUUCCCUUAUUGGCCAGCUUUGAAUGAUGACAGGUAGUUACACCUGAUUUUAACCCUCAUGUUGUGUUCGUUUCAUGUUAAACAUUUUUAUGUUCCUUGUCAAAAAUGACCGUAAAAUUAAGACUCAUCACAAAAACUGUAGUAAUACAUAAACAAUCACUACUUGUUGUGUGUUUUAUUUUUAUUAACUUAAGUUGUUGUAAACAUUUCAAGUGUCAAAGUAGUUUUGUAGUAUAUUUAGUUGAAUAUAGGUUGAAAAGGAUUUGCAAAUCAAUGUCUUUUGCUUUUAUUUAUGUUUAUCACAAUUUACCUACUUCAGUGGAAUUGGGUUUUGUACAUAGUUUCACUGUGCCUUUUUUUUUUCAUUUUUAGUGCCUAUUGUGAACCUUAAUAAGCAUCAAAAUUGGUUCAAAAGUAAUUCUAACAACUUGUGCAUUGUGUCAUAUUUCUAAUUCAACUUUGUUAUCUUCUCCUCUGUCAUUAGCCUUUCCUCUUUUGUCCUCUAUUGACCCACCAAGUCCUGUCUUCUCUACAUUGAAGAGGAAAAAGGAAAAUAAAAGACACAUUGAAAAUCUCUGGGCUCUUAGAGCUGACAGUGAUCCACAGCCAUCAUGCGGUCACAUAAAGUGAACCUCAGCACUAUGAUGUUCCUGGUGAUCCUGCAGGGGGCAGCAAUGGUGCUAUUCUUCAGCUGGUAUAUGGAGUUCAGUCACUGUGGUCAUGCACCCUCAGAUUGCAAAGUCCACGUUCUGCUGCUGUCAUCAUGGCGAUCUGGCUCCUCCUUCCUGGGUCAGGCGUUCAGUCAGCACCCGUCUGUGUUCUACCUCAUGGAGCCUUCUUGGCAUGUGUGGACCAAACUGCAUAAACCAGGCGCACGAGUGCUUCGUAUGGCUGUGAGGGAUCUGAUACGAAGCGUGUUUCAGUGUGACCUCUCCGUGAUGGAGGCUUACCUACCAGAACAGCACAAUGUCUCCGCCUUAUUCAUGUGGUUUGAGAGUCGAGCCUUGUGUUCACCACCUGCCUGUCCUCUCACACCACGAAACCAGCUAAGCAACCAAACUAGGUGCAAGAAGGCAUGUGAUGCUCGGGGUCUUCAGCUUGCACAGGACGCCUGCAGCACUUACAGCCAUGUUGUUUUAAAGGAGGUGCGAUUUUUGGAGCUAGAAUCCCUCUAUCCACUCUUGAAAGACCCUUACUUGGAUAUCCGCAUCAUUCACCUGGUUCGAGACCCCCGGGCUGUUUUGAGGUCUAGGGAAGCUGUUGCUGAAGGCCUUGCAAGAGAUAAUGCUAUUGUGUUAGAGCAAAAGAACAUCCCAGCAGUUGAGUUACAAUAUCAAGUCAUGCAGGAGAUCUGCCGCAGCCACGUUCACAUAAAUGAGAGGGCCAUCCUGAAGCCUCCGCCUUUUCUUGAGGGCCGCUACAGAAUGGUUCGUUAUGAGGAUGUUGCUCGCAACCCACUCGAGGAGAUAAAUGACAUUUAUGAGUUUGUAGGUCUGGAAAUGACUCCAGAGUUGGGAGAGUGGAUCUACCAUGUGACCCACGGGAGGGGCAAAGGCAGCCUGAGAGAGGCCUUCAAUAUAACAUCAAGAAAUGCUGCUGAUGUGUCCCAGGCUUGGCGUAGCACGCUGCCUCAUGAAGAAGUCAAACGAAUACAGGAAGUGUGUAAAGAGGCCAUGUCAUUGCUUGGGUACAGGACAGUUGACAGCGAAGAGGAACAGAAAAGCCUGGAAAUAGACCUUCUGGUACCACGGGAACCAUACUAGUUCAGCUGGCUUCCAGCUAAAACAGAACAUCCAGAAACCAGUUAAAACAUCAUUAACAAAGGUGUUAAAACCAAAAGACUACAUUGGACUGAAGCCUGUUCAAAUCUUCAGUGAAAGUUAAUUGAGUACACUUAAAUGCCCAAGGCAAGAAAGUUGAUUUGCAAUCAAUACAUAGGCUGUGCCUUACAGAUUUUUGUCCAUCAGAGUCUUAUUCGUCAACAACUGAACUAUCUCACAGCAGGGCAUGGAAAUAAUUUGGAAAUUUUUUUAAAUUGACCUGAAACUCCUUUCGUUUAUGUAUUAUCUGAUUUUAAAGGUGGGGUAAGCAGGAUUCCGUUAAAGAAGCAUUUUUGUGUGUGUGUGUGUGUGUGUGUGUGUGUGUGUGUGGUGUACAGUGGUCCCUUGUUAAUCGCGGGAGUUCUAAAAAUAAUCCACAAUAGGUGAAAUCUGUGAAGUAGUCAGCAUUAUUUGUUACAAUUAUUAUAGAUGUUUUAAGGCUGUAAAACCCCUUAGUACACACUUAAUACACUAUUCUCAAACAGGCUUUGACAUUUUCUCACUUUUCUCUGCUGUGUAUACACUCUCAAAGUUCAAACCUUAGUUGAAAAAUAAGUCCAGCAUAUUAGAAUGAAACCAAAGAUCAAAACCUGUUUUCAGGCCCAAACAUUUGUUUGAGAAAUAAAAUUAUUGAUUAAUUAUUAAUUCCUAUAAAUCAUUAUGAUGGCUUUUAGAACUAGCAAAUUUAAUUUUAACGAUCAUACUACGAGGUUGGACACAUAAGAAAUUAUUAAUAGCCAGCAUUUCACAGUUCCUCUGACCAUGCCUCUUCGUCCUGGCGCUGCUCCGCUGUAGCAUCUUUUUCCACCGAAGGCGUCGGUGCAGGUGUCUUUUUCCGAGUGAAGAGCAUAUUUAUGGGUAGUUGUUGGCGCUCUUUUUUCUUCUGGGCUAGAAGAUUCUUAUAAACAGACAUGCUACCUUCGAUUUCGUCUCUAUGAACGAAACAUCAAAGGGUCCCAUUCUUGUGCAGCUUGCUAAAGUUCAUUGGCUAUUCUCACCAUGGUUGCCAAGCAAUCAAGUGUUAGUCCAUCCACUCAUCUUUAUCAACACUUGCGUCCUCUUCAUCCUCUUCUCCUUGGUCCUCGCUUGGUGGCUUUGCCAUCUUUGCCAGAUCUUCAUCAGUCAGCAGUUGUGAGUGGGCAUCAAUCAGGGCAUUAAUGUCAUCAGGAUAUAAUUAAAGCCAUCUCCCCCGAGCUGUUUAGCGAGAUUCACAGCUGCAUCUACCGCAGAGUGAUGGAUCUCAUCAAGAGAGCAUCCGGUAGGGUUCUGAACUGUCUCUGGCCACACUUUUUUUCCAGCAGGCAUUUAAAGUUUCAGUUCUCAUCUCCUGAAUGGCUCUCUGAAUAUUUUGGAGACAUGAUGCGAGGUGUAUUCAUGCCAGUAGGCCUUUAGUGAGAAAUCUUGAUCAGAGUCCGUAGCCUCAACAAGAUGUUGCAGGGUGUUGCACGUAUAGAGAGCCUUGAAAGCACGGAUGAUGCCUUUGUCCAUGGGCUGAAUCCGCAAUGUAGUGUUUGGCGGCAGAAAUUUGAUUUGCACACCAUCAUCCGACAAAUCAUCAGCAUGGCCUCCGGCGUUGUCUACAAGCAGAAGCACUUUAAAUCAAGUUCUUUUCCUCUCAAAUACUGCUUGACCCCUGGGAUGAAACACUGUUUGAACCAAUCAAGAUUCAGCGCUUUUGUCAUCCAAGCCUUUGCAGUGUGCAUCCAGUAAACAGGCAACGCAUUCUUAUUUUUGUGUUUUAGGGCUCUUGGAUUUUUUGACCUAUAAAAAAGCCCUUGUUUUGUCACGAAGCCUGCAGCAUUUCCACACAUAACCUUUGGCCUGCAUUAUAAAGGUGCGAGAGGGCAUUUGUUUCCAAAAUAAGCCUGUCUCAUCCCUAUUAAAAACUUGUUCAGGCUUAUAUCCCCCUCCCUCGAUGAUCGCUUUAAAUAUGAUCACAUAUGCCUCUGCUCCAGUGGUAUCUGCAGAGGCGGCCUCUCCAUGCAGAGAAACACUUUAAGUCCAAAGCAUUUCUGAAAUUUGUCAAACCAGCCCUUGCUGGCAUUAAAUGGGCUUGGUUCUGUGUGAAAAGCACUCGUUGAUGGCCUGGGCUCCGCAUCAUCCUGCUCCUCGCUGUCAUGGACGUCAUCGCUGUCAGCAAAAUUUUAAUCAAGCUUUUUAGCUUUUGUGCGGAUAAUGUUAGUAUCCAGCGUAAUGUUCUUUUUCCUGCAGUCACUGAUCCACAAAGCUAAAGCAGACUCCAUCUUUACGAUGGUCUUGUUGCGGACAGUUACAACCCUUUUUGCAUCCUUGUUAAAUCUUAGUGCUGCUGCCCUCCUUAUGUUAUUUUCCUCCUUCUUUAUGUAAUGAACAGAAGAUUCAUUUAUUCCGUAAUGGCGCCCUACAGCCGUGUAACUUUUAACUUCCUUUAGCAUGCCAAGAAGUCCAACUUUUUGUGCAAUGGUUAGCAUCUUCCUCUGCCUUUUGGGUGUGACCGCAGGUUCCUUUGACGGUGCAGAACGUUUCGUCGACAUUGUGGGUCUUGUUGGGGAGAAACUUGCAAACAUACAGGACUUCAGAAUCACACUGCUAGAGAUCGAAGAUUUGUGUAAAUUUGGCAAGCUGAUCACAUUCUGUGCUGUACAGGAGACACGGCAUGUCUGAUGAGGUCACAUAACACAAUGCGUUGUGUAAAAUAAAAAUAAUUAAUUUUUUAAAAAAAACAUGCAAAAUUGCACUAAAAAAAGUGCGCCGCGUUAUAGGUAGGGACCACUGUAUAUACAAAAACAGCUUUUAAUAUCAGACAAUAGCGAUUAGUUAUUGAUGACAUUUGGUAUUAAAACGAUAUUGCUGUUUCUCUUAUGCCUGUGUAGUCAACAUUCUAAAGUUUUUCAGCGGCCGCACUUUCUGACUGUAAUCAAAGCCAUUCUCUGCCUCCCCCCACCUGAUUGGUAGUGAGGCAGACACUGCUCCUUAGUGCUGAUUGGUUGUGAGGCAGACGCUGCUCCCUCUUGUUGUGAGGCACACUCCACGUCCUUCAAUAACGUGCAUGAGCCCAAACCAAGUUAGCAUGCAACAACAUCGGACAGUAGAAAUCAACCAGAAAGUACGGAAAACACAAGCAAUAAAACGAAGUGAAUACCAGAGACUCUGGCAGAAUAACAGGCACUUAAAAGGGAGGUAGACCGUACAAGAGCGAAGAAGUUGGGUCAACACCAACAUAAACAAUGAGGGACGCUUCUGGAUUUCUCAGACCCUGUAACCUUUCUGUUGGACAGGUAAACGGCUUUAACAGAGUAAGCCAAGUUUCUGUAACAGAAGUGUUUCUUGUCAAAUGGGACCUGCUGCGUGUUGUAGCACCGCAAAACUGCUUACCUUGGGUCCUGGAAUAUGUCACUUUAUCCUGGUUGUCCUGCAAACACUGUGUUUGCCGGUAGUCUGUUGGCAUCUACAGUAGCAGCAAUGCUUUUUACUUUUACGUUGACUGGGCUCCAUUUGCAAUUAUCUGAAAUAUUUAUCUGCAUUAUAUCUAAAAUUAAUUGAAACUAGAAAAGCACUCGGAGAGCGCAGACCUCCGCCAAUCAGCUCAUGUCCCCCCUUAAAUUGUGAUUCACACCAAAACUUUUACUGUUACGUGUCUUUUAUUACGUAACUUUUAUUUGUGUUUAAACUGGUAUGUUCACUGUACAUAAUGUUCCUAAAACAACAAAGAUCAUAUUAGAUACAUGAAUGCAUGAUUUAUUAUGCAAUAUUUGUAAGUGUACACUUCCUUGUAUCUUCACUGGUUAUCUUUCAGCAUUGAAAAUUCCAACGACACCCUUAUUUUUGUGUGUUCUGGAUCACAGUAUCCUGAAUUUUGUCUGGAUCAGGAUCAACCUUUGACACCUCAUAAAACUCAUUGAGAUCCUUUUGUGUAAUUUUUUACUAAAGACUCUGGCCAUUUUUAUAGAGUUAAAUGCAAAAAUUCCAAAAUUUGCCCUCUCUCACAAUGACAAAGAAUCCUUAAAAAAAAUCCUGGAUCCAGGAUCUGGUGAAAAUUUCAGGUCAAUCCAUCUGUAACGUUCUCCGUAAAGUUGCUAACAGACAAACAAACAAACAAUCCAACGCUACCCAAAACAUAACCUCCUUGGCGGAGGUAACGAUACAAGCGAGGACGAGCGUCUGGGCGGAGCUUGCUGGAGCAGAGAGGGAGGGGAGAGGAGGAGCUGAGGGGAAAAACUGGUUGGAAGGGGUAGUGUUUACAUUCAAGAUUUCUCACAAAGACUGAAACUUCCUCAGAUCCUGCCUACCCCACCUUUAAAUUUAGGGUUUAAGUGGUUUCCAAAUCAUCGAAAUCCAUCCAUAUCAAUGUUUCUCAUUUAAAAAAAGGGAUUGUAAGAUAUUUAAUAAGUUUCUGCUGUAGUAUUGUUGGCAGUUGGCUUGCAUUGACUGGGUCACAGAGCUGGUGUGUUUCCACACACCAGUGCACAAAAUGCAUGAGGAUUAAUUCUGCAGGAAACUCGAAACAGGUCCUCUCAAGGAUGGGGUCACAGAGCAGUGAGCAUGAGGAGAACAGGACUGCAGUUCUGUGGCUGAUGAUUUCUCUGAGGGUGACACCUGAACAUUUAAGGGACAAAUUCGAUCAAACAGGAUACAAUUAUGUUUAACCAUUACCAUUGUACACAACAUAAUCCUGUGUUUUGUUUCGCUUCAUCUGAGACAAAAGGGAAGCAUUUCUGCACAAAUAAUUUAACUGGCUGAUCAGAUAACAGUUGCUGACACAGACUGCAUUCAAUAAGAAGAGUAUAACAUAAGACUGUCAGAGUAAGUGCAGCUGAAGAAGAGCAUCUGUUUCUGUUCUCUGUGUCUGUUGGAUCCAUAUGGAGCCUGUGGAACAGAGUGUUCACUCUGUUCUCUCAGGGUGUGAUGCUUGUGUGUGCAUGUGUGUAAGUGAAGCCUUUCUUUUUUUUUUAACAGACAAGAGCAGAAAUGUAUUAUUGAUUUUAUGGUGGAUUGAGUGUUUCAUUGCAAGACUGGAAAAGGUUGUCUGUAAUUUCACGUCAUGCCUGCACACUGACCACAUAGCCCACUGCAGUGAGUUUUGGUGCCUGUUCUGUUUGUCUUUUUUUUUUUUAAAUUGUGUUGUACUUUGAAUUAAGAGUUCAGUUAAUAAUGUUUGUGCCGUAAAGAUGGUUCAGCACACUGGUCUGUCAGUUUGUAUUCAUCUCAACAGGACUUCUCAAACUGAAACUACAUGGUACUAAUGAACACAAUAAAUGUUGACAUGUCACCUUUGGCUCUUUUGUUCUGCUGCCUUUAGUUCAGAGCUACAUGUGGAUUUAAUUUUUAUACAUCAGUUUUUUAAAAAAAGGAAAAGGACAAGAUGAUCCCACUGCUUCAGUUAUGUUUUGGCGCCACCCACUGGCUAAGACUUGAACAUCAUUUGAAAAUUUGAACUUCUCAAUAAAAUUUUGAAGUUACAGUUCAAGGUAACUUAUUUCUACAUACAGAUGGUUUUGUUUACAGUGAGUGAGUCUUCUCCAUUUGUACAUAAAGAAAAAGCACAGGACAAAAAUAUGACAGAUCAAAACAACAACAGUACUCAGUGCUACAGGGUAACCCCCAUUAAAAACAAGAUAAAAACAUGAUCAAAAAAGCGAUCAGUAAAAGCACAGUGGUACAAAAAAAAGGAAAGAAAUUGAACUGAAAUCAGGCCAUAAAAAUCGGGUAAGUAAGGCAGGUUUAAAUGUCACAACAGAGAAAAUACGAUAAAGGAAAGCGAUGUAAAAAAAAAUCCUUAAAUAGUCAAUAAUAAUGCAUAAUAUGUGUCUAGAGUAUUAUAGCUAUAUUCCUGUGGCUUACUGAUCUUUCUGAUGAUUGCUGGGACAAAGGUGUUUAUAUAUCAGACAGUUUUACAGGCUGGUACUUGUGUCCAGGGGGGCUAGGCUGACAUUCACGGUUUAAUGGGUGAAGGACCUUGUUUAUGAUGGAUCCAGUCAUCCGCUGGAACUGACAGGUGUACUGGGAUUCUGGAUUAAGCCGAAUCACUCCAAUCAGCCUGCUGGACCAACUUUGAAUGAAAGGCAAGGACCUUUUUAGAAACAUUUCAGAUCACUUGGCCAUGGGUUACCGGCUCUAUCAGUAGUGGGGUAGGCAUCAGCUGCUGAAAACACCUGUAAUUAGUCAACCUCUACUGUACAGUGAUGAUGACAUACUGUAUGUUGUAUGUUGCUACACAAAAAGUAGAUGUAGAUGUCUCACUGACAAAAAUGAGACCACUGUCUCCCUGUCUUACAGUGAGAUCUUUUACAUGUCUUCAAGUUGUCUCAUUUCGACGUAGAUCUAAGGUAAAAGAAAAUGGUACCACAGGAGCACUAAAAUUUCUCUGAAUGAGAAAACAACUCUGAAAAUAGUCUCACAGAUUCACUCCAACCGCUCAGAAUAGGGAAAGAUGAGAUUUAUCCAAAUUUGAUCUCAACACUGGUUAUGUUAGAGCCAACAUACUUUUGUUGGCACUGUAAAAAUAAGUCUAUACAAGUUGUUGGUGUCGUUGUCCAUGUCUAUCCAUCUCUUUCUUUCUCCCCCCAAGACAUGGCUGUUCAACUGUCUGGUCCUGCUCAAGGUUUCUGCCUGUUAAAAGAAAGUGCCUCCUGUUUCUCACUAAAUGCUGCAGAGUGCUUUGCUCAUGUACUAAAACAAACAAAAAUCUUGCCCCAUGUUGAACCCACAGUGAAGAGAUUCCAACAUGUUGUAAAACAGGUGAACUGAAUUGCAAUUCACACAAAUAUUACAUCUUGACCUUCAAAAGUCAAAAAGCUGACAGAUAGGUAAAUAUGUUAUUGUCCUUCCCCUGAAUGGGGACAGUUACAUCACUUUUUGUUCAUUUAUUCUAAGCUUGAACUUUUAAAUUGUACCUGGGACGAUCACACCAAAUGUGCUUAUCCAAGUUUGGUUGAAAACCAAGAAAAAUAUGGGAUUAAGUAUAUACAAUCCACAUACAAUCGUACACGAACAUAUGCUCAACAGCUAAAAACAAUUUUUGAUUGACUGGAUUUUUAUUUAUACAUGACUUAGGCUAAAAGCAACAAAACAGGACUGGCUACGUCAUGUCAUCCACCCAUUUCCUUGUGGGUAAGAAUCCUGUUGCACGUCUCAUUCUGUGUACCAAGCCUCCUCUCAAUUGAAGGAGGACAAACUUUAUAUCAUGAUUUUGUCCAUCUAUGUCUCUUUUCCAACCUUUACUUAAGAAUGUGACACGUGUGCCCAAACACACCCCGUUUUCACACAAACACACACCAAUAGGUUUUUUUUUUUUUUUGCUGUGGGCGUUUGCUGUGUGGAGGGUCAGUCUUAUUUACUUUUCUUAAAUGCUAGGUCACAUGGCCCGUAAAAUGUUUUUUGUGUGCCUGUCUUUGUUAUCUGUGGAUAUGGUCAGUACCAUCAGCAGCCCUCUUGCAAAUAUUAGCCACUCAACCAAGGAAGUUAAGCAAGUUAUGUUUGCCAUCAUUCCUGUCAGUGUUACCUCAUGAUGAUUGGAGAAAAGGCAAGCCAGCGAUUCAUGUCUGAUUAAUAAUAUUCAUUAUAUUGACAAAAAAAAAAAAAAAAAAAAACACAGGAAGGUUUGCUCUCUUCUGUUGAAGUCUCAUGUUGGGUUUGUUUCAGGUUUAGCAGCUCAGCUCUGUAGGGCUGUGUUUUGCAGCAGUUAUCUUAGAUUCACAAAGUUCUUUUGAGAAGUUCGGGAUACCAGACCUGGACUUUCAACACCAGUGUAUCAAAGGUAAGUCAUCAAAAAGUUUGGACCUGAUUUUGAGCUUGUUGCACUCUUUGGGUAUAACCAGCUUUAAUCUGAUACUGAUAAUGGAUACUGGUAUAAUUCUUAAAGAUUCUGACCUGUAGCAUGUUUGCUCUGGUGCAGCACUAAGGUGUGCUGGUUGCUUAUACUUAUCUUACUUUUCUUCUAUUUUUCUUAUAUACACAUGUACAGGAGUAUGUGAAUUACAUCAACAAAUUAUGAUUUUUUUUUAUUUUGAGUAAGAUUUUUAUAAUCGUUAUUUUUAUAACGGUAUGUGUCUUGUUUAAUUUGAGUCAAUCAAUUAAUUUUAAAAAAUUGAUCACAAAAAAAGAAAAUUACCCCAUAUACAAACCCAAUUCCAUUGAAGUUGGGAAAUUGUGAUAAACAUAAAUAAAAACAGAAUACAAUGAUUUGCAAAUCCUUUUCAACCUAUAUUUAAUUGAAUACACUACAAGACAAGCUAUUUAAUGUUCAAACUCAUGAAUUUUUUUUUUUUUUUUCAAAUAAUAAUUAACUCAGAAUUUCAUGGCUACAACACGUGCCAAAGAAGUUAGGAAAGGUGGCAAAUAAAAGAGAAAUUUGAGAAAUGCUCAUUAAACACCUAUUUGGAACAUCCCACAGGUGAGCAAGUUGAUUGGAAACUGGUGGGUGCCAUGACUGGGUAUAAAAUCAACUUCCCCAAAUUUCUCAGUCCUUCACAAGCAAGGAUGGGGCGAGGUUCAGCACUUUGUGAACAACUGCGUGAGAAAAUAGUCGAACAGUUUAAAAACAACAUCUCUCAAAGUACAAUUGCAAGAAAUUUAGGGAUUUCAACAUCUACGGUCCAUAAUAUCAUCAAAAGGUUCAGAGAAUCUGGAGAAAUCACUGCAUGUAAGCGGCACGGCUGGAAACCAACACUGAAUGCCUCUGACCUUCGAUCCCUCAGGUGGCACUGUAUCAAAAACCGACAUCAAUGUGUAACGGAUAUCACCACAUGGGCUCAGGAACACUUCAGAAAACCACGGUGAGUAAAUACAGUAUGUCGCUUCAUCUGUAAGUGCAACUCUACUAUGCAAAAGCGAAAGCCAUUUAUCAACAACAUUGAAAAUGUGUGGUGCACUAUGCAUCGUAAAAUAACUGACUGUUGAACAACUGGAGUUGUACAUCAAGCAAGAAUGGGAAAGAAUUCCACCUUGAAAGCUUCAACAACUAGUCUCCUCAGUUCCCAAAUGUUUAUUGAGUAUUGUUAAAAGGAAAGGUGAUGUAACACAGUGGUAAACAUGCCCCUGUCCCAACUACUUUGGCAUGUGUUGCAGCCAUGAAAUUCUGGGUUAAUUAUUAUUUGCAAAAAAAAUAAAUAAAUGAGAGUAUGAGUUUGAACAUUAAAUUUCUUGUCUUUGUAGUGUAUUCAAUUAAAUAUAGGUUGAAAAGGAUCUGCAAAUCAUUGUAUUCCGUUUUUAUUUAUGUUUAUCACAAUUUCCCAACUUUAAUGGAAUUGGGUUUUGUACAUAUUUUCACAGUGAAUAUUUUUUUGUUCAUUUUUAGCGCUUAUUUUGAACCUUAAUAAGCCUAAAAACUGGUUCAAAAGUAAUUCUAACAACUUGUGCAUUGUGUCAUAUUUUCUAAUUCAGGUUUGUUCUCUUCUCCUCUAUCAUUAGCUUUUCUCUCUUGUCAUCCUUGGUCCCUCCUAGUCCUGUCUUCUCAACAGUAUAAAGGAAAAAGGAAAAUAAAAGGCACACUGAAAAUCUGUGGGCUCAUAGAGCUGAUAGUGAUCCACAGCCAUCAUGCGGUCACGUAAAGUGAACCUCAGCACUAUGAUAUUCCUGAUGAUCCUGCAGGGGGCAGCAAUGAUGCUAUUAUUCAGCUGGUAUAUGGAGUUCAGUCACGGUGGUCAUGCACCCUCAGAUCGCAAAGUCCACGUUCUGCUGCUGUCAUCAUGGCGAUCUGGCUCCUCCUUCCUGGGUCAGGCGUUCAGUCAGCACCCGUCUGUGUUCUACCUCAUGGAGCCUGCUUGGCAUGUGUGGAACAUACUGUUUGAUAAAGGUUUGAAAGUGCUUCGUAUGGCUGUGAGGGAUCUGUUUCGUGGCAUGUUUCAGUGUGACUUCUCUGUGAUGGAGGCUUACCUACCAGAACAGCACAAUGUCUCCGCCUUGUUCAUGUGGUUUGAGAGUCGAGCCUUGUGUUCACCACCUGCCUGUCCUCUCACACCACGAAACCAGCUUAGCAACCAGACUAGGUGCAAGAAGGCAUGUGAUGCUCGGGGUCUCCAGCUGGCACAAGAUGCCUGCAGCACUUACAGCCAUGUUGUUUUAAAGGAGGUGCGAUUUUUGGAGCUAGAAUCCCUCUAUCCACUCUUGCAAGACCCUCACUUGGAUAUCCGCAUCAUUCACCUGGUUCGAGACCCCCGGGCUGUUUUGAGGUCUAGGGAAGCUGUUGCUGAAGGCCUUGCAAGAGGUAGUGCCAUCGUGUUAGAGCAAAAGAACAUCCCAACAGUUGAGUUACAAUAUAAAGUCAUGCAGGAGAUCUGCCGCAGCCACGUUCGCAUAAAUGAGAGGGCCAUCCUGAAGCCUCCACCUUUUCUUGAGGGCCGCUACAAAAUGGUCCGUUAUGAGGAUGUAGCUCGCAACCCACUCGAGGAGAUGAAUGACAUUUAUGAGUUUGUAGGUCUGGAAAUGACUCCAGAGUUGGGAGAGUGGAUCUACCAUGUGACCCACGGGAGGGGCAAAGGCAGCCAGAGAGAGGCCUUCAAGAUUACAUCAAGAAAUGCUGCUGAUGUGUCCCAGGCUUGGCGUAGCACGCUACCACAUGAAAAAGUCAAACGAAUACAGGAAGUGUGUAAGGGAGCCAUGUCAUUGCUUGGGUACAGGACAGUUGACAGUGAGGAAGAACAGAAAAGCCUGGAAAUCGACCUUCUGGUACCACGGGAACUGAUUUAAAACUCCUUUUGUUUUUUUAUAAUCUGAGUUUAAGCAGCAGGAAUGGUUGAAAAAAAAACUUUUUGCAUAUGAUGUACACUUAGGAAAUAACUUAAAAACAAAUCAAGCAAUCACAGACAAACCAACCAGCAGCCCCUCCUAACAUCCUGUGACUUUAAGAAGGGAGUGAGAGAGAAAGACAGAUUUUUAACUCAAAACAGCUUAUUUACUGUGGAUUUUUUUUUUUUUUCUAUCUUGGAUUCUGUUUAUUUCACACAGGGGUUACGUAACAAAAUUCCCUCCAAGGUUUUUGAAAGUUGCAUCAAGAGUGAACACUUAAGAGACUCAUCAAGUUAAGUUUACAGCCUGGCAUGCCGUCCCUCCUGCUUUGCUCUGUGUAUGUUGAUGCAGAGUUUGGAUUGAAAAAUGUGACGCUCGGGCUUCUUGACAGAGGAUUCCUUAAUCAUCUUCAUAACCAGGAUGUCUUCUUUCAGUACCUGUCAGUCUGAGUAAACCAGUGUUACACUUUGAGGAGCUGCUACUGUCAGUGUGUAAGCCGGUGAAGAAUUGUGAAUUCACUUUAUUUAACACACACCCUGAAGGUCUGCUCUCUCUUAACAGAGACAGUGCAUCUAGUCUGAGGUCUGUUGUGUCACUCUGACUGCAAGACUUUAAUGUUACAUCUGCGAUAGGUGUGUAUGUGUGGGGGUGUCAGGAAGCAGGUCAAAUUGUUAGCCAUCAAACCACAAUGAGUCUUUAUAGCCCGAUGGAAUGAAUGUAAAUCAGACAGGCUAUGAUUGGCACAAAAAACUCCCUUAAUCUGUUUAGACAUAAAGAUGAUUAAACAAAAACAGUCACUUUCAGUAACUUACAACAUAAAAAAGGACUUUCUUAAGUUAUUAAAUAAGAUGAGAAAGAAGAAAGGAAUACAGCAUUUUUUUUCCUCACCUGCCCCCUCCGUGCUCCAGUCAAUCCAUCAGUACACUUGGGGAAAUAAACUUAUGGAAAUCUGGUUAUAUUUUAGACUUGAAAAACUUUAAAAGUG